AUUUUAUAACAGAGGAUAGUUUAUCUGGAAUUUCACCCUGCUGUGUAUUUGUCUGAGGUAUUGUGAAAUUACCCGCUACCCUAACACCCAUUAUGAAACUGGAGUGUUUAUUUUAGCUUUAACGGGAAUUCACCUUAUCUUCUCCUCCCAGAGUUCAUUCCUCCAUCACCCCUCCCUACAUUGAACUGUAUCACUUUCUAAAUCAGAAUCACUCCCACCAGUAUGUGUGUGUGCUUGAGAGAGGAACACAACAUAUAUCCUUAUCAUCCUUAUCUGCUCUUUAUAUAAAGUCAAUACAUUGGGUCUUGUAGCAGAAUCUGUAGUUUACGAGUUACGACAGAGACAAUUAGAAUAAAAGAGUGGGGAGAAAAGAGAAGAAGGAGCGUUGAAGAGGUGAACUUCAGGAUGCUGCUUUUGCUCCUUAUAACCCAUGUUUCAGUGUCACUUGCUGUACAGUGUGACCUCACCAAAGUGGCCAUUAUUGGAGGCAGCUACACUGUGAGCGAUGGAGGAAAUGUCGGCAGUAAAGUAGAGUACCAGUGCCCAAAUGGGAAAUACCCAUACCCGAAAUACACUCGUGAGUGCCGGUACAAUGGGUUCUGGACGGAUCAGACGACAAAGGCAAUCUGUAAAGAUGUUCGUUGUCCCAAACCAGUUUCAUUCGAAGGUGGGGAUUAUGAACCAAGGCAACCGUUUUACACCGUGGGAGACACGUUGUACUUCAGAUGCUAUACAGGCUUUGAAAUGAAGGGGCCACAGAACCGCACUUGCCAGGAAAAUGCCAAAUGGACUGGAGAGACGACUAUUUGUGAAGACAACAAUGGUUAUUGUCUUAACCCAGGGAUUCCUAUUGGGGCCAGGAAAUCAGGAUCUUCUUACAGGAUGGAGAAGAAAGUGUCCUACACCUGCCAGUCAGGUCUGGUUAUGUUUGGAUCCCAGGAAAGAGAGUGUUUAGAGGACAAGUCUUGGUCAGGAACUGAACCUUCAUGCAGGCAGUGGUAUACAUAUGACACUCCAAAUGAGGUGGCCAAAAGUUUUUCUUCCUCCAUGUUAGAAAAUGUGGACACCACAAAUCUGGACGAUAGAAGUGAUAAAAGUGUGCGGAUAGCAAAGGAUGGCUUAAUGAACAUCUUCAUUGUCCUGGAUUCUUCCAAAAGUAUUGGAGAAAAGAAAUUUAAUGAGACCAAAAGCGCCAGUAUACUAUUCAUUGAGAAGAUGUCCAAUUAUGACACAAAGCCUCGGUACUGCAUCAUCUCAUAUGCUUCUAAAGCAAUCUCAGUGGUUGCUCUCAGAGAUCCAGAUAGUAACAAUGAAGAUGCUGUGAUGGAACAUUUGGACAAAUUUCAGUAUGAUCGUCAUGCAGAUAAGCAGGGAACCAACACAAGUGAUGCUCUGCAUGCCAUUUAUAAGCAUCUAAUAGAGCAGGAGCUGGUGUACAAGGAAAAAGGCAAAAAAGAAGAUUUUAUGAAGAUCCACAAUGUCAUUCUACUCAUGACAGAUGGAAAGUAUAAUAUGGGAGGUGACCCUCGAAAACAAAUGAAAUUGAUCAAACAGUUCUUAGAUGUUGGCAUAAGAAAGGAUAACCCACGAGAAGAAUAUUUGGAUGUGUAUGUCUUUGGGCUGGGUUCAGACAUUGAUCAACCUGAGAUCAAUGACCUUGCAUCCAAGAAAGAAAAAGAAGUUCACACCUUCCACUUGGAGAACGUGGACAAAAUGAAAAAAUUCUUCGAACUGAUGAUAAAUGAAGAUGAUGUAUUUGAUACCUGUGGUCUGUCAAAAUAUCAUUCAGUUGAGGAAGAUCUGGAUAAAAGGGCAAAUGUGAUGUUUCCCUGGAUUGUUAAAAUAACUAUAACUCUUAAUGGCAUACAAUACUGUAAAGGCACCAUCCUGUCUCAAUAUUUCAUCUUGACAGCUGCUCACUGCUUGAAUCUGGAUGAUAAUCAAACAAUAAAAGUUAGAAUUGAUGGAAAGGAAUACACUGUAAAACCCUACAGGCACCCGAAAUAUGACCCGAUAUCCAAGGUAGACAAAGGCAUCAAGAGAGCAUUUGAUUAUGAUGUUGCACUGCUUGAACUGGAGGAAAACGAUAAGAUUAAAUUCUCCGAAAAUGCCAGGCCAAUCUGUAUUCCAUGUACCCAGGUCACAGCACAGGCACUGAAGCAACCAGGGGCACCCUGCAGCAGCCACGAGAAAACCUUAUUGUCUGAAGAGGAGGUCAAAGCUGUUUUCAUAGCAGACGAAUUAAACCAGCCAAUGAAAGAGAUGCAUGUGUUAAUAAAGAGAGGACAAAAGAGAAGUGCUUGCCUAGAAGCUGCUAAAAAGGCAACAGAACUGAAGAAUGUGACAAAUAUUGAGGAUGCUGUUACGGACCAAUUUCUCUGUACUGGGGGAACUGUACCAGUGGUGGAUCCACCAGUAUGUAAAGGAGAUUCAGGAGGUCCACUACUCAUCCAAGUUAAAAGGAGAUAUGUUCAGGUUGGCAUUAUAAGCUGGGGAACUGUGGAUCACUGUGAAAAAGGUACAAGAAAAAAACAGACUCAAAAGAAUGCCCGGGACUUUUACCAGGACAUUUUCAAAGUACUGCCUUGGAUACAGAAAGUUUUGAAGGAAAAACACGAAGCUCUCACUUUCCUUCCCAACUAAAUGAAACAAAUGGUCACCUUUUGGGUACAACCGGUAGCACUGCCGAACUAACAACAACACAGAAUCACUCUCAUACCUUGCUAUUUGGUUUGCAGUCAUUGUCCAUAAUCACAAAGAAUGAAGAGCUUAGGAACUCACACACAGCAUUAGUAAAGUUUUAUUCUAAAGCUCUACUACACACAUCCAUUUUCCUGUAGAGAUGUGCUCAGUAUAGGGCAAUGUCAGUUUAUGGUCUCUGUAUAGGCUAUGGGAAAACUUAAGGAGUUGUUAUAGUUAAUGUCAAGUAUAAAGUCAGGGUCAGAGGUAGGUGAUAGGAAAGAUUGUAGGCAGAGAGCACGAGAUAAUGAAAUUAUUAAUACAGUGGCGAUUCACAUGCACAUUAAAGGGGUGUUUCAUUAUUUGCCUCUAUAUUCUGUCUGCCGGUAAAAUGGUCGAUCAUAUCAGCAAUUGCCAGCAGCCAGUUAGCAGUUAAAUUUUAAACCUAAAUUUCUAUUGUUAUUACUAAUUUUCUAUUCAGGUCUUCUCCUAUUCAUUUCCACUUUGCAAGUCAAUCCACCACUUGGUUUCUAGGUGGAGUGGCAAUCUACCAAUCAGAUAACGGAUUGAACUAUAAAAGGGAGUGUUCACGUACAUAAUGAUAGAUAAAUCAAAUGAUCCACACAAAGGCCUUCUGUUAUAGAAUGUCACUGUCUGCAGGAUGUAAUAAAAGUUUGAUACAGGCAUAGUCACCUAUAGCAACCAAUCAAUAGCAACCAAUCAGCAGGGAGAAUUUUUCUGUUAUUGGUUGCUACAGGUUAGGGAUUGUUUUAAUUUCAAUGUCCCAUUUUAUAGAAAUACUCAAUGUUUCUCCACUAUGCUCAGCUAUUCAUGCUGCUUUGAAAAUCAGUGCUUGUACCCAUCAUGUUUGCUGACUAAUCCUACACCUAAUUCAAAAACUAUCCUUUAAAAAUAAACCUUUAUUAUUUGUACUAUUUCAA